AUGUAAAUAGAGUAUAGCCGACCCACCAUCACGCAGUGUUUACCUUUUUUCGGUCAACGUGAAUGUGAAGUGCGAAGCGAUGCUGGGGGCGAUAUUGGACGAUGUAUGAAGCUGUGAUUAUAUGUUCACCUGGGAUUAUCAGUGGUACAUUUGGGUAGUCCAAUUGGUGUAAUAGUAGAGAGCCAUGGCCUACGUAGAAAUCAACCAUAAUGCCAUCAACCAGCCAGUCAACUUCAGCCCAGCUCUCCGACGCCAUCUCAGCCUGGACUCUGUGGCCAGCAUCCAGGGUUCCUUCUCCUCGGAGGAAGAGUACCAUUUUACAGACUCCUCCCACCCGCCCCAGAUGCUCACUGGUCUCAACUCCCUGCGCCAGACGGGGCUCUUCUGUGACGUCAUCAUUUGUGUUGGAGGUCGGGAGUUCCCCUGUCAUCGUGUCGUGCUAGCUUCCUCCAGCGCCUACUUCCGUGCUAUGUUUGCCUGUAACCUGGUAGAGAGCAACCAGAGGAAAGUGACUCUGAACAAUGUUGAACCAGGCAUUGUGGAGACACUUCUGGAAUUCGCCUACACAUCUGAGAUACUCAUCACGCAUCAGAAUGUCCAGUCACUGCUGUCAGCUGCCAACCUGUUUGAGAUCUUGACGGUUCGGGAUGCUUGCUGUCAAUAUCUGGAGCGCAACAUGGAUGAUAGUAAUUGCAUAGGCAUCCACUGUUUUGCUGAGGCCCAUGAUUGUAUUGAGCUGCAGGAGAAGUCGAAGGAGCUGAUCCUGCGCUGCUUCCCUACAGUGAGUCUCCUGGAUGAGUAUCUUCAGCUGGAGCCUGACAAGCUGCAGGAGCUGCUGCAGGACGACGACCUCAAUAUAGAACAUGAAGAGAUGGCCUUUGAAGCAGUCACUCACUGGCUGGAGCAUAACUUAGAGUCACGGAAACAACACCUGGCCAAGCUCCUGUCGGCGGUCCGGCUUCCUCUUGUCAGCCCGUACUACCUGCAUGAUGUGGUGGAGCGGAAUACCAUCGUUAACAACACACCGGCAUGUAGGCUGCUGGUGGACGAAGCCAAGGCCUACCACAUGAUGCCAGAUAGACGCACAGAGCUUCAUACAGUCCGAUGUCGGCCCAGGAGGUGUGCAGUUGUAGUUGAAGUUCUCAUCUCAGUGGGCGGAGAGGAUGAUCGAGUCAUCUUGAAGAAUGUUGACACAUAUGACCCAACCAGCAACACAUGGAGGACAGUGGGUUGUCUCCCCUUUGCUGUCAGCAAACAUGGCCUGGUUGUGGCGGGAGGAGAUUGUCUGUAUUUGGUGGGUGGCGAGACUCCCGACGGUGUGGUAACUUCUGAUGUGUGGUGCUGUGAUUCAACUCUUAACACCUGGAAUCAGCGGCAGAGUAUGAACAACGCUCGAUCUGAACUAGGUUUGACAAACUGCGAUGGCUUCAUCUAUGCUGUUGGAGGCUGGGACGGUCACAGUCGACUCUACUCCGUGGAACGCUACUGCACAACCACCAAUACUUGGACCUACAUCACACCCAUGAAAAUGGCUCUCACAAGCCCAGCAGUUAUCUCCCUUGCAGGAUUUGUGUAUGUCACAGGUGGGGCAAUCCUGGAGGAUGGAGAUGGCAUUGACAAGGUGUCUCGGUACAACCCCCGCACGGACACCUGGGUAGAGAGGGCCCCAAUGUUGAUAGCACGGUCAGGGUCUCAGGCAUGUGCACUGAAUGGCUGCAUCUAUGUUGUUGGUGGCUGGCAUGCAUCCACUGAAAACACCAACAAGAUGGAGUGCUAUGACCCUAUGACCGACACCUGGUGUCAGAAGGCGUCCAUGAACGAGCGGCGAUACAGACCUGGGGUGGCCGUGGUCGGGGGCAAGAUCUAUGUGUGUGGUGGCGAGGAGGGGUGGGACCGAUAUCAUGACACGGUGGAGUGCUACAGUGAGGACACAGACAGCUGGGAGAUCGUCGGGGAGAUGCACAUCAGCCGCAGCUGGCUAAGCUGUGUUUCCAUGGUGAUGAGGAAAGACAUGGUGGAAGAGAGAUCGUUGUUUGAGGAGACACUGCCAAGUCACCUGACAAACAUUUGACAAGAUGUUACUGUUCAGGUCACACAUUAUCCGGCAGCAACUGUCAGUUGUUUCCAGCUACCAUUGGCAGUGCAAUCAGGGGAGGUAACUGUACACUUCCAUGAGCAGAGGCAGUGUACUUCUUCAGCAAACUGUUGUGGUUCCC